AUGGUAGCGGAAAAGCCCAGAGAGACCUGCGACGCCCAGAGGAGCCGCAACCACCCCAGGAGGACCCCUGCGCCCGGAGAAGUCAGCCGUGACGUCCAGGACCCCCGCCUGAAGGCUGCGAGUGCCACCAUGGGAAAGGCCGUCUUCCCAGAAUCUGAGGCGACCCAAGAGAAGGCGAAUGAGAUGGAAGACCCAGAAGGCCCUGGAAGUGACCAGAGAUCAAGCAAUCGUCCCCAUCCCACCCGAGCAGGGAGUGAAGUUGAAUCCUGGGAAAGAGCCGUGGCGGAGAUCCUGGCUAAGGACACCGUGACCUCAGAGGUACACUGUCGACGCUUCCGGCAGUUCCGCUACCAUGAGGCCAUGUGGGGACCAUCUGUGAAGAGGGCGGCGAAGUUCUCUGAGGCAGAAGGAGCUCCGUCAGAGGAAACUCAGUGGGCGCAGGCCCAGGAGGGUGCCCAAGAUGCCCCGUCAAGUGGGAAUGAUCAGAGGAACGAGGAAGAUGAGGAAGAUGAGGAACUUCAUCACCUAUUGCCAGAUGGAGUCAAGAAUGAAGACUGGAGAGGAAACUUGAGGAAUCAAGGCAGACAUAAGAGGCAAAAAGGAAGCCACAUGAUUGAGAAGACUGAUAAAAUCAUUUCUUGCCAAGUGGGGGAUUUCCAUGAAGUAAUUCACAUGGUGGAAGAAACAGGCAAGUGCUUGGAGUGUGGAAUGAACUUCUCAGAUCAAAUGCAGUAUCAUAUCCAUUUACAAAUGCACAGUGGAAAGAAGACCCAUCAAUGCCUGGAGUGUGGAAAGAGCUUCCUUUGUAAAGCAGAACAAAUUAGACAUCUAAGAACACAUACAAGAGAGAAACCUUACAGCAGUUCGCAGUGUGGCAAGACCACCUCAGGUAAAUCAGACUUUGUUCAACAUCAAAGAACCCACACAGAGGAGAAACCCUUUGAAUGCUCAGAAUGUGGAAAGAGAUUCAGUCGAAGUGGCCAUUUUCAGGUCCAUCGAAGAAUCCACACAGGGGAGAAACCUUUUGAGUGCUCAGAGUGUGGAAAGAGAUUUAGUAACAGUAGCACUCUUACACGGCAUCAGAAAACCCACACAGGGGAGAAACCUUUUGAGUGCUCAGAGUGUGGAAAGAGAUUUAGUAACAGUAGCACUCUUACACGGCAUCAGAAAACCCACACAGGGGAGAAACCUUUUGAGUGCUCAGAGUGUGGAAAGAGAUUUAGUAACAGUAGCACUCUUACACGGCAUCAGAAAACCCACACAGGGGAGAAACCUUUUGAAUGCUCAGACUGUGGAAAGAGAUUCAGUCAGAGUGGCACUCUUCAGAAGCACCAAAGAUCUCACACAGGGGAGAAACCUUUUGACUGCUCAGAGUGUGAAAAGAAAUUCCGUACAAGUGGCCAGCUUCAACUACAUCGAAGAACCCAUACAGGGGAGAAACCUUUUGAAUGCUCAGAGUGCGGAAAGAGAUUCAGUCAGAGUAGCCAUCUUCAAAAGCAUCAGAGAACCCACACAGGAGAGAAACCUUUUGAAUGCUCAGAGUGUGAAAAGAGCUUCAGGUAGAGUAGCACUUUUCAAAAACAUCUA